AUGUGCUUGUGCUCUUUCGUUGCCUUCACAAGCCUGUACGCCACGUUGGUAUGUAUCGCGUGCAGUCAGCUGGAGAAGCUGCGAGCGAACCUCCUGGAUAUCAGACAGGAAUUCGGCACACCAGCGCAGGACUCGGGCGCUGAGACUGACACAGAGGAGGAAGAACAAGUCCAGAUGUCUCAGGAAGUGUUCUGCCGCAUGCAGGAGCAGCUGAACGACUGCAUACGUCACCACCAGCUGAUCUUGGAAUUCAUGAGGGGUCUGGAAGAGACGCUGAACCCCAUGUUGCUAGCUCACUUCCUCCUGAUAGUGGGUGGCAUGUGUUUCGCAGCAUUCUCUGCAGUAACGAGUUCAGGACACGUCCUGCAGAUGGCACAAGUCCUGAUUGUGUAUAUUGCUUUCGUCUGUCAGCUGUAUACGUAUUGCUGGUUCGGUACACAACUCACCCAGCAGGCCGAGUUUGUGAGCGAUGCAGCCUGGGGCUGCGACUGGAUUGGAACCCCGAUCUCUUUUCAACGCUGCCUGAUCUUCAUCAUUGGCACUGCCAGAAGGGAAUUUACCCUUACAGCUGGGAAAUAUAUGUCUGUGUCCUGCGAAACAAUGCUUAAACAUUCAGUGAACCUGGAGCACAUCAUGGAGAACUUCCGGGUAGUGUUUCCAGUCCUGAGCGCAAUGUGGGUCCAGAUGUCUAUGAGUUUCCAGAGGAAGGCGGCUAAGCGCCUGAUGCUCCUCGCUGCAGCUUUCAAGUGGGAAGUCUCGCAGAACAAAACAAUUGCUGACGACAACUUCAAAAUGACGAAUCUUCUCCCAGCCAUCAAAUCAGCAAGCCUGAGAAUCCUGACAAUCUUCUUCAGUUGCCACACCUGCUACAUCAGCCUGCGUCUAGCGCUGGGCGAAAACAGGCCCCUCAGUAUCAACGCUUAUUACGGCUUCAACACAACCAGCAGCCCUCUGUACGAACUGAUCAACCUUUCUCAGCUGGAGAAGCUGCGAGCGAACCUCCUGGAUAUCAGACAGGAAUACAAGACACAAGAACAGGACUCGGGUGCUGAGACUGACCGAGAGGAAGAAGAGACCCUAGUACACACGUCUCAGGAAGUGUUCCGUCGGAUGCAGGGAGAGCUCAAAGACUGCAUACGGCACCACCAGCAGAUACUAAGGUACAUGAAGGCUUUGGAAGAAGCGAUGAACCCAAUACUGAUGGGCCAGUUCCUUCUAAUUUUAACGGGGAUGUGUUUUGCAGCCUUCUCUUUUGCCAUGGUACGAAAGGGUGAAAUGUUGCAGGCAGAGAGUGUGAGGGAUGCGGCCUGGAGAUGUGACUGGGUGGGGAUGCCUGUCUCUUUCCAGCGCUGCCUCGUCUUCAUCACAGCCAUGGCCAGCAAGGGGUUUACCCUCACAGCUGGGAAAUUCGUUCCAGUGUCCAGGACCACAAUGCUCAAUGUCAUCAACCAGACUUUCUCGUAUCUAAUGUUCCUAAUGCAAGUGAAAGACAAGGAGAAAGAAGAUGCAUGA